UGGCCCAUAUGACAAUUUCAAAUGUUUCGUCGUCGCGUCCUCAAAAACAAUUUGAAUGAGAAAGCCAGAGGUCCCGCCCCUCUGACCUUUUCCAAUGGGAGGGAGGUAAGGAGAGAGGACGCAACAGGGCACUUAAGAUUCUCCCCUUGAUGCAUUCUACUCGAGUCCUUUAUACACAGAUUUGCGUUGACACAGCACAGAGCAAGCACGUUUUUCCGUGUAAGCCACGGCAGCAUCGUGUAUUUGCUACAGGAGCGACUCAGACAGAAUCAUAGACAUUGAAUAGAAAAAACAACGCAAGGAGAGACACAGACAACAAGCUAAAAGCUGUGUCCCCACAGGAUCGAACAAUGUCUAGUUUAAAGAAAAGAAAUUCGAAUUCGUCAGUUGACCGGGAUGUGGAAGACAAGGAGGUUACGGAGAAGAUGCUCUCUCCGGCGGGAGGGGAGAAUGGAAACUCGAGCCGAACGGGAGGCGCACCGGGAAGCCCGGACAAGGUAUCUGUACCCGGCGAAGAUAAGGUUGUCCUAGAGAGAACCAUUACCCUGGUGAAUGGCGUAGCUAUCAUUGUAGGUACCAUUAUCGGCUCGGGUAUAUUUGUGACCCCGACUGGAGUGGUAAAGGAAGCCGGGUCAGUCGGACUGUCCCUUAUUGUUUGGGCAGUGUGUGGAGUGUUCUCAACCAUAGGUGCCCUGUGCUAUGCUGAGCUGGGCACCACUAUUUCCAAAUCAGGUGGAGACUAUGCUUACAUCCUUGAAGUGUAUGGUUCCCUGCCGGCUUUCCUGAAAUUGUGGAUCGAGUUGCUCAUCAUCCGGCCAUCAUCGCAGUACAUUGUCGCGUACGUCUUCGCUACCUACCUCCUCAAGCCCAUUUUCCCUGACUGCCCAGUGCCCGAGAAUGGGGCGAAGCUGAUAGCCUGUCUUUGCAUCUUGCUGUUGACUGCUAUAAACUGUUACAGUGUGAAGGCAGCCACGCGGGUCCAGGAUGCCUUCGCUGCUGCCAAGCUCCUUGCCUUGGGCCUCAUCAUUAUUGUGGGCUUUGUGGAGAUUGGGAAAGGUGACACAGUCAAUCUCCUACCAGAAAAUUCUUUCAAGAAUUCAAAUUACGAUUUUGGGAACAUUGGUCUGGCCCUGUACAGUGGUCUGUUUGCCUAUGGGGGCUGGAAUUACUUGAACUUUGUCACAGAAGAAAUGAUUGAACCUUACAAGAACCUGCCGCGUGCAAUCAUCAUCUCCCUUCCCAUCGUCACUGUGGUGUACGUACUAACUAACCUGGCCUACUUCACUACUCUGACCCCAGAUGAGAUGCUCAGCUCUGAGGCAGUGGCUGUGGACUUUGGAAACUACCACCUGGGCCCCAUGGCUUGGAUCAUCCCGGUGUUUGUGGGACUGUCCUGUUUCGGCUCCGUCAAUGGCUCUCUCUUUACAUCAUCCAGGUUGUUCUUUGUGGGCUCAAGAGAGGGCCACCUCCCCAGUCUGCUGUCCAUGAUCCACCCCAACCUGCUGACUCCUCUGCCGUCACUCAUCUUCACAUGCCUGAUGACGCUGCUGUACGCCUUCUCCAACGACAUCUUCUCCGUCAUCAACUUCUUCAGUUUCUUCAACUGGCUCUGUAUUGCCAUGGCGAUCAUUGGCAUGAUGUGGCUGCGCUACAAGAAACCUGAGCUGGAACGACCAAUCAAGGUGAAUAUCCUGCUGCCUAUCAGCUUCGUCCUGGCUUGUAUGUUCCUUAUCUUGGUGUCCAUCUGGAAAACACCUGUGGAGUGUGCCAUCGGCUUUGGCAUCAUUGCCACGGGAGUGCCAGUCUACUUUAUUGGCGUUUGGUGGCAAAACAAGCCCAAAUGGCUCCUUCAAUUAAUCUUCUCUUCCACGGCGCUAUGCCAGAAGAUGAUGGAGGUGGUACCACAGGAGUCCUAAAGAGGAGAUAAAUCGAUGAAACCCCUCGUCACGGAAAACCCAGUAACUGCUCAUUUACCCUACCCCCCUGCACCCAGUGUACACCCUAACUCAGCCCCUAUCGAUCUGUUCUUCAAGCACACUCCAAUCAUUCCUCCUGAUCUGCUAGUGCUGUAGUGAAGGAGAGCCAUGCUGCAGACUGGUUUACAUGUCAGAGCCCCUCCUUCAUUCCUCCGCACCAGGCAGGGGCACGGCCACCCCCACGCCACUCAUAGGCCGUUUGAUAAGUGCUGGGAUAUAUUCAGACAGGUUUUCACUGCAUAGUAUCCGUUUAAAAGGGCCAGUACAGUCAAAAACAUGGUGAUCCUGUGUUUUUAUAUUUCCAUACUACGAGGUUGGAAUAAUACUGUGAACAUGAUCAUAAUGCCCUUUUCGUGAAGAGCUAUUUGAAAAGACUACCUGAAAUGUCUGCUUGUUUUGGUGGGAUGAAGCUUUGGCCUGGCUAGUGACAUCACCAGGCGGUAAUUUAGUUAAUAGACCAAUAAGAAAGAGAGUUCCAAAAAUCUCUGCCAACAGCUAGUUUUCCCCUCCCCACUCAGAACAUUCCCAGUCAGUCCGAGCAAAAGUCUUGCUUGAGAAAUUGUUCUUUGCUAAGAAUCAUCAAAUUAAAAAAAACAAAAAACAUUUUCAUUGAAAACAAUCACAGUAAGGUACUUAAUUGUUACCCAGAAAUGAUUUAAUAUUGAGAUAAAAACUGCUGCAUUGGACCUUUAACAUUUUAGUUGAUUUGUAUUUUUGAAUAUCUUUGUACUCUUAUCCCACCAUGACCCACAAGUGUGGUUUUUAUAAGAAUGAUGUUACUUUUAUUUUUCAUAUUUGAGUUGCAGAGAAAUGUCCUCUCGUUCAAACUAUUAUUUCACUGAGGGUUUAGCAUCCGUGUGUUCAUGUAAUUACAAUCUGUGCUUUCAUGGAGUUGUGAUGGACACUUGUGGCCUGGCUUUUUGCCAAUUCCUUGUAGGCUAAAGCUAGAUCUUUUGUUCAGAUUUUCAUGGUAGACUCACUGUUUCUCAGUAGUUCUGCCAUUACCCAGUCAGGGAGUCAACUGCUUCCCAGUAGGGUAUCAUCUCUGUGUUGCCAUGGCUUCUAUUUACAUUUCAGCACCUUACAGGCUGUAUAAUGCAGCCAUUAUGUGUUGUCAUCUGGGUGUGUAUCUAAAUAUCUGUGUAUAUUUGUGUUUUCUGUAUGCUUUUAUGUUUUCAGCUUUUGGGUGGGUAUUUGUAAAGAAUAGCCAAACAUGAAGGACCCACAAAUAACAUUUGCUUAAACUAGUGCCUCUGAUGAAGCCAAAGGCUAUUCAGUUCCCCGACUACAGAUACAGUACAACUCAUCUGACCCCAGAGAAGCUGAAGACAGGUAGACAGAUAAAUGCAUACAUGUGUAACAGCGAUUGGAGGAGUGUCAGUGGUAUACUUCUUAUGUGAUCGCACCCCUCCCCUCGGCAUCUAUGGCAGACCAGACUGGUUCACUGCGCCUAGACUGUACACGUUGGAAAUCACAGCUUUGGCAGUUCUUUUUUAAAUUCUUUGUAGAUAUGAAUUUCUACUUGAAUUCAUUUCUUUUUAUAGGUAUAUGCAGUGGAGCUUUUUUUAAUGCUGUCAAUUAACAAUUUUGUAAAUCCAGGUCAUUGGUAAAUUCCUAUGAGAUUUCUGCUUCACAAUUAUACCAAUGCAGGGGACAUUUUAAUUAUAGUUAUUAUUACAACUAUUUCUCAUAUACAAGUUGCUUGUGUCCUGUGAAGGUCACAACGUCAUGGUUUUUUAAUACUGGCAUUAACACCAGCGUAUGAACAUAAUUAGUUGCCUGCUUGAGGACUUCAUUUGUUCUUAGAUCACGGUUAUCUUGUGGGUAUCAUCUGAUGCACAUUGCUACUAACUACUGUUAAGUUAGUGUUUUUAUAACAGAGCAGGUCGUAACAAAGGCCCCCGAUAGGAGCACUGAUGUCACAGCCACUGUUUUUACCUACGACGACAAGGGUGGCUAAUAAUCUUAGAUAUUGGGUUAGAAUGGCCGUUGUGCGUGAGUGUGUGAGGUCUGUGUCUAAGAAUAGGUUCAUAGCUGUGAAUAUUCUUUCAGUGUUUUAGUGUUUCUGUGCUUAUGUGUGUCUUGGUAUCCUACAUUAGAAAAGGUAUAUUGUAUGUUGUCACUACUGUCAGCGCACAACUUCAUAGAAGGAUUUCAUUAUUUUAGGGUGAUAAUGAUAUUUGUGCUGUAAAAGGUUUGAUGAGGUAUGGACCAUGGUAGUGGAAGAUGGGUAGUUGCCCAGUCAAAAGGGGGAGGCAGGCAGGGCAUUCAGAGUAGAGGUUAAAACCACAGUCUUUGGAUACAGAUGCCUCAGGGGGUGGGACAGUGGAGACAUAGGACAGGAGGUGGAAAGUGUGUUGGGAAGGUUGACAAGAUUAAUUCAUUGUUAUUCUUAUUAUUUUUUGCUGAAAGGACCUGUGUUGUGUACUGUAUUAACUGAACUCAUCCUCCAGAAGCUUGUCCAGACCCGUGUUCCUCCACGCUGUAUCGUUACCGUGGUAAAGCGUAUGAUGUGUUGUGCUAUAGACCACAUGGUUGCUAUGGUAACGUAUAGUUCACGAGUCUGGUCUCCCAUCAGUUUCUCAGAGGAUCUGUCAUUGUAUUUAGAACAGCUGCAUAGCAAGCUAACACUCCAGCCAUCAGAAGUCAUUUAAAUAGUACCGUAGGUUUAUUUAUUUAUUGUAGGAACUGUUAGCGUUCUCAUUUUUUGGGGGUCCUUAUUUUUUUACAGGGCAUUUGUGAAAGUGCUUUAUGAAUAAAGCUUACAUUUUAUUCCA